CCAUGGACAAGAUGUCAUCAGCAAGUUUGAACGCUGCGAAGAAAAAUGCGUACACAGCAAUCAAAGUGGAUCCUGAUGAAGAUUACUGUACCCCAGGUGCAUUUGAAUUAGAGCGACUCUUCUGGAAAGGAUGCCCGAAGUACACUCAUGUCAAUGAAGUUUGGCCCAACCUCUACAUAGGAGAUGAGAAAACUGCGUUAGAUCGCUACAGCCUUGAGAAGGCAGGCUUCACCCACAUCCUCAAUGCAGCCCAUGGUCAGCGGAAUGUGGACACAGGACCAGAAUAUUAUCACGACAUGACUGUGGAGUACCAUGGAGUGGAAGCAGAUGAUCUCCCCACUUUCAAGCUCAGCCAGUUCUUUUAUUCAGCUUCUAAAUUCAUUGAUACUGCACUUCAGGAUGAAAGAAACAAGGUUCUGGUUCACUGUGCUAUGGGUCGCAGCCGGUCAGCCACACUGGUCUUGGCUUACCUGAUGAUUUACAAGAACAUGACAGUAGUGGAUGCCAUUGAGCAAGUAUCAAGACACCGAUGCAUCUUGCCAAACCGGGGCUUCUUGAAGCAGCUGAGAGAACUGGACAUAGCGUUGGCACUGCAGAGGAGGAACACCAAAAACAGCCUACCACGUGAUGACGAUGAGAAUAGCACCACGAUCUAGUAUUGUUCCUGGCAGGGUUGUGCUACUGGAAAAGAAACUCCAUAAAAGGA